AUGGCAAAGAUUAGACACAAGCAGCGGCAGCAGAGAGACAAGCCGGAAAGCACUCAGGUAUGGCUACCUUCAUACCUCUUCGAAGAGAAUCACCCGGCGCCCGUGUUGGGGGCGUGCGGCGCGCGGAUGCUGCGGAUUCCUUCGGCGGCUUCGGCCUCCCGCGCCUACCGGGCCCAGCCGCCCCCGUUCCGCCCGCCUAAACCCUUCACCCUGGACCCAACAGACCCGCUGACCCCGCGCUGGCAGCUGCGGCCCCGCUUCGCCGCUAAGCAGUUCGGGCGGUUUGGGGCCGCGUCCGGAUGGCCCAUGGCCCCGCAGCUCCAGGAGUUGGAGGCCGAGGAACGCGAAUGGCAGCCGAGCCUGCACGCCAUGCAGGAGGCGCUGCGGGCCCGCGCCGAGGCCCAGGAGCGACAGCGCCGGGAGAAGGAGCAGCCCAUUGAGACCAGAAUGGCCCAGAUGCCACAGAUGAUCGUGGUGUGGCGGGAGCAGCAGCAUGAAUACUGGGAGAAGGCACAGGCAGAGAAGGCCCGAAGGGCUCGGCUCCAGGCAGAGGCGCAGGGAAAGCUCAGCUAUGAUGUGGACCUAAGAAGCUCCCGCUUCCAGGAAGUGCUGCAGAAGCUAGAGAAACAGGACCGCAAGCGUCUGAAGCAGGAGAAGCAGCAGCAGAAGGAGGCGACGGCGAGAAUGGCGGCCUUGCAAACAGCCGCCGAGGCCACUGGGAGCUCCGGCAACACACGGAGCAGGGGAGCCCAGGCAUCAAGCCUGCUGAAAACCCCUCCAAUAAAGCUUAGUGCCCAGCAAAAAAAAAAAAAAGAGAGAAUCACCAACCACUAUAAUUUGCCUCUUUUUCCCUGA